UAAGAAGUGGCGAGCUGAUUUAUUGUCCAUUGGGCUGCUAGUGUUAAAUUAGAGCUUCAUAUGGAAUGACAGGAUUACAAGAUGAUCCGGUGCUUCCUAAAGGUUCUGUGGGACCUCCUCCUUACUAUCUUUGGGCUCAAGGAACGGGUUCUGCAGACACACAACAUUCAAGCGCCUUCGGUGAAAAGAGACAACAGCAAGAGACAGGAUUCAGCUAAGAAGAUACUUCCCUUCACGUCCUGCAACACACAAAGCAGCAUAGACAAGAUGUCACAACUCGUCCCAUCAGGUGGCAGCACUGUUGUAGCUCAAGAGCAGUCUUCCAGUGUCGCAUCCUCCUCCUCCGAGGUAACGAAGGAGAUCGGGAAUACGAAGAUCCAGGAGAAGUCCAGCGAAUUUCAGUCGGAAGAGGUCUCAAAGCUGGUGCAGGAGAGUAACCGCUCCAUCAGCACCUCUUCGACCCACAUAGUUUCCUCUUCUACGAGCAGCGUGUCGUCAUCUGUGACGGCAAAGCAUGUAUCCUCCUCGUCCAUCGGUAUCGAGGGGUCCUCGCAGGACAAAGCCUUGGACGCAAACGGAAACCAUAUGCCAGAAGCUUCAUCAAUGCUGCCAUCUGGCGAUCCGGCACCUCAGCAGCAGGUUUACGAAGCAGAAUCCUCCCAGGAAUACUUCAAGAGGGAGGAAGACGGCAAGGUUUUAGAGGAGCACUCUGCGUCUGCGCAACAGGAAACCGUAACAGGCAACUUGGAGCCCAGAGAAACAUCAGAGCCCGUUCAAGAAGCAACAGCGGCCAAGCAACAGGAGGAAACCGUUGUAAACGGUUCCAGAACCACGGAAAUUCAGCAGGAGAGUAUCAAGAACACACUGAAAGAAAUCAUUUCAGAGAUCGAGGAUGCCGUGGUCUCCGAAGUCAUCUCCGACAGCAGUGUUGUCACAAAUAAGGUCACGGAAGAGACCGAGGGCACGGAGGAGGAAAAAGUCACUAAAAGGUUUUACGAUAAGCAGACUUCUACUUCGACCUUGGAGGAGAGCAUCAACGCCAGUAAACAGUUAUUUGACCUCCCUUCCUAUCUGUUCGAGCCAGGAAAGAGACAUCUAUCGCUGCCACCGCUGAACUUGCUCCAUCUUUGGCAAAGUAUCCAGAUUUCUCAGGAACUCAAUCAGGUGCUCGGAAACAAAAAGACUACCGCCCCCAGUCAGCAAAAUGGUGAGGCACACGUAACCAACGGCGACUCGACUCAGGCACAGCAGGAUGACAGCCAGCCCGGUGAUGGCCUCUUUCACCAGAAGCCUAUCGACCUGGAGAAGCUGUUCACUCCAGCAUCCGACUCUGGAGAGGCCACGCCUUCCAGGAAUAGGAAGAUGUUCGCCUCGUCCAGUUUCUACAAGCCCAGCCUGCACCCGACAGUGGAGGACCAAGUGGAGCUGGCAAGACGCAUCUCCCAAUCCCUGAGUGACAUCAGCAACCAGCAAAGCAAGGGCCAGUCCAUGUAUGUGAAUAGGAAGAAGCGUUCGGUCAAAUGGGUCCACGAGGGCUUGGAAGAUGGGGGCAAGAGCGAGACAGAUGUCCCAGAAACACCAGGAGACGAAAAUCUGUCUUUCAAGAAUCCAAAUAUAGGCCCACAGGAAAUGAAAUUCCAUGAUGAAAACAGAUCAAUCCUGAAGCUCGUUAUGGACCCCAGAGGGCAGGUUCAGGACCUCAACAGCCUCAGACGUCAAGGUUACAACAUCGAAACUGGUUCCAUGAGCCCUGAGGUUGCUUUCGACCUGGUGCGCGAUCUUAAUGCCCCAAAAGGAAAAGGCGCGGAGCUAUUUGCAAAACGUCGGAAGAAGUCCGAGAAAUGGGUGGUUGAUGAGACAACAGUCAAGUCAGCGUCCUCCAGCAACAUCACCACAACGGAGCUGAUAUCGACAUCCUCUACCGUGACCCAGCAGCAGCAGGGGAGCAAGCUGCCCCCCAUACCAACGUAUCUCAAUGAGUCUACAAAACGAGUUGAGGUCAUGCAGAAACUCAACGAGAUCCAGGAACGGUUCACGCAGCCCAGAAUACGGAUAGUGAAGUCACCAUGGGAGGCUGCUCUUGAAACAGGUUCAGUUGACACGGCAUUUCAAGAGGUUCCACCCGUUCUGACCCCUCGAGGUUUUGUAGCUGCUCCUACACAGGACACAUUUGAGUCUCUGUACAACAUGCCACAGCCUCAACAGCAAGCCUCCACCACAUCAAUCACCAAGAAUGCUUUCAACUAUGAACCACCCCCUGCUGUCCCUGCCAAGACACACACACUCACCUACCAACAGAGGAUUUCAGAGCCUCGGAAGGAGUUUCUGUACAAACCGAAGGCACCCCAGGGAUGGAAUGUUGGGCAGCAGCAGCAAACAUAUGGGUUUAAGGAGAUUAACUUGUCAACAUCUGCAACACAACCAGCAAAAUCAACUGCUACUGCUAGUGCAACUAACAGCUUAGCUGAAGAAGUGAUUUCUACUACUAGCAUAUCUGCUGCUACUAGUGCACCAGCCACUGUCCCCACCCCAACAUUCCGACCAUCUACUCCCUUUUCUGUGUACAUCCCAGGUACACCCACUGCGGGCAGUCCCCCACAAACUCCUGUCCUGACCACAGCUACAGCCCCACCCCCAGCCUCCACCGGAAAUGUGGUACCAUCAAGCAACACAGACAUACCAAGCAUGACAAGUACAGAAGACAUAAAAGUGGUGAAGGAAUAUUUGGAACAGAAUCGUCCUUCUCAGACAAAGCAAGAAGUUUCAAUAGCACAAGAAGAUAUACAAACUCAGCAGGAGGACUUUACUCAAAUUGAGACAAGGACUGAAAAUAUCAUGAGCUUCCACCAAAGCUCAGUGCAACAGGAGCAGGUCUCAGGCAGACCAAACUUCAAGAUUGAGGAACAAAGUCUUGGUCAUAUAACAGAUCCAGAAUGCAGUUUCGCACACAUUCAAAGUGGGUCAGAACAUGCUGGUGCAUUCCCAUUCACUGAUGAGGACAUACCCCAAGUACAAGCUGCAAGCAGCAAAACAUCACAGCAUAACAGCAGCUCAGUUGAGUACUCCAAAAUUUACAGACAUGAGGUGAUUAACGAGGAAAGUGAUACUCUGUACAAGACAAAACCAAUCAAAUCACUAAUCCAGACUUUUGAGCAAAACAGCAGACCUCCUAUGAAAUAUAAACAGAUUCAGAAAGAGGGGGCCAAUAUCGUGAAGAACAUGCCGGCACAACACAAAAGGGAAGCAGCACCCUCACAAGCUCCCAUUCUUAAUGGUAAUAUAUAUUACGUUGCAAGUACACAUGUUGAGACAAGGCAAUUUGGGCCACAGCCAGCUGAGAUUACAACACAAAAGGUGAAAGGAUAUGAAACUUCUGAAACUCAGUUUCAGAAAUUCUCAUCAUUCGUAUCAAGUGAGCAGCAACAGAUCUUGAACAAGAGACAGGAACAAAGCUCUUCCAUCCAAACCUUCCAAUCCAAGUCUCUGCAUUGCUCAGAAGCGAGUCAGCAGCAGCUUCUAACACAAAUAACAGGGUCUGCUCCAGUUGCUGUCCCGGCCACCAUGAAUUAUUUGAGUCAGAGGCAAGAACCACCUGCACCAGCUGUUGGUCCUGCUACCACAUUAACACCAAGCAGGAACUUCUAUGCCAAACUGAACAACUACAACACUGCAGCACGAGGAUGGGGGCAGGGAUUUGACUAUUACAGGCCCGUCACUUUCAACCCAACCAAGCAAGCGUACACAGCGUAAGUGACAGGCUGACUACCCUAGCCUCAUAUUGUCAACAAAAGAAUCUAUACAGCUACUGGCUCUUACAGCCACCAUCAACUUUGAUGUAAUUCUCCACUAAGUUUCAGUAGCAAUACCAGCACAACAUGGAAAACCAAACAAGAUAGAACAGAAUAUCAUAGGUAAGAUUCAGCUCCGUUACAUACAUAAAGUGUCACAAAAACGUCCGACACUUUAGAAGUGAAACUGUUUAUAAAAUCAUUGUCCCAAGCAAAACUACUACUUAAGGCAGCAAGAUUUGAAAUAUGUUGAGUGUUCAUCUUUUUAUCAAGAUUACAGAAUUUACAGACUGACAAACCACGCUGUGUGAAGUUAUACAUAUACAGUCCCACUAAACAUAAUCUUUUAAGAUGACAAUUCAAAGAAAAGUCAGAAUUUAAAAUCUGUACAAAUACUAACUAGUGUUUUUGUGUUUUUAAGAUGUGGCUGAAUAAAGUAACGAUGGCCUACUGCUAGGAGACCACAAUUAUUUAUAACAACAUUUACCAGAGGGCUACAAGUUCUCAUGAAACAUGUGAUAUUUAAUACUCAAAACCAAAAAUCAUGUAGUAUCUUGUGUAGAGCUCUAAUCACAGAAAACAGAUAAAAAAAUUAAAAUGGCGCCACACUCUGUGAUUAACCCUUUGAUAAGUAUGUAUGUACAUACACGUGUACAUGUAAGUAUGCUGAAUAGAUUAUCCACAUACUAUUACAAUUUCUAACUAUCCUUUAGCUAAGGUGCACAUACCUUAUAUUUGCUCGGUUUCACAAAUCCAUCAUGUGCUGCUACCUUUAGUUAAUCACUGAGACUAAUUUUGACUGUAUAUUUUUAGAUUAUGAAGUUACUAAAUAAAUAAAAAACAGUGGACAUAACUACUUGCAGCCAUGAUGGGAUAAGGAAAUGAAAAAUGAAUAUUUGAAGAGGUAUGUGAAAUUCCUACCAAUUUGGAAUUGUAUAAUAAAGACAUGUGAUUGUGAUAAAUGAGAUCACAUGUUGUGGACCAAAUCUGAUUAUUACGGAAAUUCUCAAAAUGUGAAAUAAGAAAAAGUUCAUCCAUACAAUCUGGCAGAUGAAAUAAUCAAAGGGUAACAUAAAUAUAAAAAGGAAUAUGAAUAUAAUACAAUGCUGUAAACAUAUUUAUAAUGAUACGUACAAUACCCCAACUUCAGAGUUAUUAUAAAACAUUACCUCCAUUUAUACUACCUAAACCAUCAAGUACAACUUAUGUUGUAUUUGUGUUGUGUUGUGGGUUGUAUCUGAUGGUUGUGAUAAUAUAAAUGUAGAUACUUAUACCAUAAAAUGGUAAAAUGGAUGUUAAAUUUAUUAAAAAAAUUAAUUGAAGACUUUGCAGCAUAAAUAAAAGACUUGACACCAAUAGAACUUAUCAGUUUUUAUCAACAAACUGCAGAGAUCUGAAAUUAUAUGUACAUAAGUGCUUUAUUUUGUUCAUGUUAUUGUUGUAAGAAAAUUAUAAUUGUUGAUUAUAUUAAAGAUUCAUAUUUCUUUGUGUGUUCUGCAAAAAAAAAUUGUUUCCUCUAAAUCCAUGAAUUGUUAGUUUACAUGAGAAAGAGAAGAACAUUUUACUUUGUAACAAAUAAAAGUGAUGUAGGACAGAAUUUUAGUAUCUUAUUUCUCCACAAGUUAACAAAACAUUGCAUUAUUAGAAAAAUAUGUUAUGUGAACUUGGAAUAUUGUUCAACGACAUUCUGCUUACUGUGUCUGUGUUAUAAAGAUUUGUGAAUUAUGACUUUAGCAAACUAAAUUUUUAUUACUGUUGAAAUUUGAUCAUGUAAUGAAGUGAACUUGUGCUAGUACUAGGUACAGAUUUCACAUAUUAUACCUUUAUCUUCUAUACCUU